CAGUGUGGUUUCAUGACAGCUGGAUGAUACCUUAUAGCAGUCCAAGUCCUAGUAGCCAGCAUUCAGCUCAGUCAACCACAGACAAACGAAACCUGUUUAUUUUAGUGUAGUACUAGCGUCAGACUGGAAGGUGUCACGGUGCUGUUCGGUCACACACGCUCAGUGUCCUUCACGGAAACGCCGCUCUGAAGGACACACGGUGACAUUAGUGUAGUGUUUGUCUCUUUAAGAAGCAGGAGGCGGCGUUGUGUGUCCGAGCGAUGUAGCCUGCUUGUCCGUGUGGCCCACCCCACCUGCUCCCUCUGGCCGAGGACGACAGGAGCUGGGAUGCCGAUGCUGUCAUCAGGAAAUGAAAGUUGAAGAAUAUCUUUACCUGUAAGAUAUCUUGGGGGGUACAUCUUGGUAGAAGUCUGCUGGCUCGCUGAAGAAUUGUCAUCACCCAAACCGAGAUAAAAGGAAAAUGGAGCAAGACAACAUGAGCCAAAACCAGAUGCCAGCAGACAACCCCAUUGUUGCAGAAGGUGCAGCAACAUCGCAAACUCCUGCUCCAAAUCCAUCACAUCCAACACAUGAGCCCACGGCUGGGGUGCCUGCCGUAACUGCCAGGCCUCGUCGGCCCCAGAGGAGUGCUAGAGUAGAAGGUUCCGUAGACAUAUCUGAACCCAAAGCUGAGCCCACACCAGUGGAUAACCAGGGCCAUUGUGCCCCCGACGGUGCAGCAGCAAGUCGUGCAAAACCUGCUUCCAGUUCCCCCAUCAGAACCUCAGGGGAUCGACCCAGCAUCAAGGCUGGUCCGAAAGGUCCAGGACACCAUGCGGUCAGAGCUGCCUCGGUGCCCCACCCACCUGCCAGCAAGCCUCUACCCUCUCACCUUAACCCUCAUGCCCAGAGAGCUCUGUCGGUUGCAGGCACUGCUGACACUCAGGCCCACACUGUGGAAGAUUUCAGGGUGCACAUCAUCACUUGGAAUGUGGGUUCGGCUACACCCCCUGAUGACAUCACCUGCUUGCUGGGUUUGAAUGUAGGCGAUGGAAACACAGACAUGUACAUCAUCGGGCUGCAGGAAGUGAACUCUAUGAUUAACAAACGUCUGAAAGAUGUCCUCUUCACGGACCAGUGGAGCGAGGUCUGCAUGGAGAGACUCAGCCCCUUUGGAUAUGUGCUGGUGACCUCCCAGAGGAUGCAGGGUGUGCUGUUGCUGGUUUUUGCCAAGUACUACCAUCUACCUUUCCUCCGUGGAGUCCAGACUGAGACCACCCGCACCGGCCUGGGAGGUUAUUGGGGUAACAAAGGCGGAGUCAGUGCCCGCAUGUCAGUGUUCGGACACACAAUCUGCUUUCUCAACUGCCACCUGCCGGCUCACAUGGAAAACUCGGAUCAGCGCAUGGACGACUUUGAGAGCAUCCUGCAACAGCAGCAGUUUGAGGGCCAGGCUGCCUCUGGUGUUCUCGACCAUGAUUUGGUGUUCUGGUUUGGUGAUCUCAAUUUCCGCAUAGAUGACUUGGAAAUGCAAGUGGUAAAAACAGCCAUCGAAAAUAACAAAUUUUCCAUGCUGUGGGAAAAAGAUCAGUUAAACAUGGCAAAGGACAGUGAGACCGUGUUGGAGGGUUUUCAUGAGGGUCCCCUCAAAUUCCCUCCUACGUACAAGUUUGAUGUCGGGACAAAUGUAUACGACACAAGUGGAAAGAAGCGUAAACCAGCCUGGACUGACCGAAUCCUGUGGCGCCUCAGAGCCACAGCGCCGGCUGCCAGCCCAGGGAAGCGUAGUUCUACUUCUGGGCUGAGCAGCGGAACCAAAGUGACACAGCACUACUACCGAAGCCACAUGGAAUAUAUGGUCAGCGACCAUAAACCCGUCUCUUCCAUCUUUACCUUGCAGUUUCCUUACAAGGUGGAUGUCCCCUUGGUCACACUCCUGGUGGAGGAUGAGUGGAAUAGUAUUGCUGAAGCUAUAGCCAAAUUCAAAGUGGCACCCAACUAUUCCCGCAGUUCCUGGGACUGGAUUGGACUGUACAAGGUGGGUUUCAAACACCAUAAAGACUAUGUGGGAUACGUGUGGGCCAAGCAAGAGGAGGCAGAUUUUCAUAGACAAGAACAUCAGGUAACCUUUACGGAAGAGGAAUUGCCUAAAGGCUCAGGGGAUUUUAUCUUGGGUUAUUAUAGCAACAACAUGAGCACCCUUGUGGGUGUAACUGAGCCAUUUCAGAUCCAGCUCCCCACUUCAGGCCAUGACGCCAGCUCUUCAGACAGCUCUGAUUUCAGCUCAGAGGACGACAGCACUGUUGUCCUCAUGAAGUCCAGGUCCCGCAGUGUCAGUCCUCACAAGAGCAAGCACCACCGCCAUCGCAGCAGCAGCCACAGCCGCUCUGGAAGUCCUGCACGGAUCAAAACUGCCACGGAUAAUUCACCAUCCCCAAUUUUGUCAACAUCUGAGCGUGAGUCCACAGAACGUCCAGCAGAUGGCAGCCAGCGGUCUGAUUCUGAGGAAAACAACAAACAAAGAGAGGAGAGAGGGGCAUGAUCAUUUUGUCAAAAGCCACGAACCAAAUGAUGUGUCUUUUAUUUGAUACAUCUACCACACUGGAUGUUUUAUGUCAUGAAAAUGUACGCUUUGGGAUGUCAUCGUUUUCAUCAUUAACCGCCUGGUUCCUUUAGAGCAGGGGUUUUCAAAUACUUCCAGCAGGCCUCCCCAGGGAGAAGGUAGAAGACUUAGGGGAGAUGUAGCAGCUUGUGAAAAAUAAAGAUAAACCCUGCAUAGGUCAUGUGGGCGCCUUGACACUGCAGAAUAAUUCUGGCUAAAAAGAGUCUGGCCUGAGCAGAAAGCCGACAAAAUACAUUUAAUGGGGGUAGGCGAGGCUCCAACUCUAUCAUAGUAAUGCACUUUGAAAAUCCCUGCUUUCCUAAGUGUUUCAUUGUGUCCUGUAUUGUCCCAGUCUCAGACAAUAAUCCAUAGUUGCAAUUUCUUCAUAUUUUAAGGGCAUUUUCACACAUUGUAUUGGUCACGCUCAUUUAUUCACUCCAUUGUUUGGGCAGCAAAUACGUGCGGGUGCAAAUGAAUGAUGGCAUUGCUGAGAAUGUGAUCUUGCUCAGGUUGCACAUUACAAGUGCUUUGCAUUCAGGGAUCUGACAAAGCACAGAUCUUGUUGCAUUGAAAUUGUUUGAAGAAAGAUGUCGACAUAUGCUAAAGUCAGAGAACGCAUCCUACUGCAUCCAACUCCAGUGAUUCUAGUUAAAAGUGAUGCAUCUUGAUUUUGUUUUUAAAAAUCUGAAGUAUGUUAAAAGGCAGCAAAGUGGCUAAGCAGUCAGAGUACCAGCAGUCACAUCUGCAGACUGAAUACAAACAACAAUCAGCUCAAGGCCACAUGAUCGUUCACCUUUCCCGUUGAAAAUACAAUGAUUUUAUCAAGCUUUCAUUCAUUCAUUUCGAGGGCACAGUGAAAUGGUCAAGGGCGUGCUGGAGCCUAUCCCAGCUGUCUUUGGGCGAGAAGCAGGGUUCACCCUGGACUGGUCACCGGCCAAUCACAGGGCACAUAAAGACAAACAACCAUUCACACUCACAUUCAUACCUAUGGACAAUUUGGAGUCGCCAAUUAACCUAGCAUGUUUUUAGAAUGUGGGAGGAAACCGCAGUACCCGGAGAAAACCCACGCAUGCACAGGGAGAACAUGCAAACUCCACACAGAGAUGGCCGAGGGUGGAAUCCAACUCGGGCUAGCCACUCUACCGCCGUGCAGCCUUUAUCAAGCAUUAUUUUUUUAAUGAAUGGAUAUGUCCAUGUAAUUACAACAGGUGGUUCUGAUGUGGUGUAUAUAUCCCAUGUACUGUAUCCACAUGAACAUAAUGCAACCUGCAGGGGACACUUGUAAGUGACCCUACAGUGAGCAUCUCUCCCCGACUACUUGAUAUCCAGGCAGAAACAAAAUUGAAAAAUGCAGAUCGGGGUUUAGGGGCUCUGCUACUCCAGCCAUGUCAGCAGCAUUGCACGUGUCAGUGCAGAGAGUGAAUGUGAGUGUAAAGGGCUUUAAAUAGACCCCCAAAUGAGUGCAGUGGGAUGUGGCGUCCCAUGGGAGGAUCACUGUCAGCUGACACAGCACAGCUGUCCUGCCAGAACUCAUUUUUAUUGGCUGUAGGGCAGCUGAUAUUGUCAGGCCGAUAAGGAUUAGGUUUUUAAUGUGAUUGGCCGGGCCUCAAUAAACAAACACAAAAAUAACAACAAUUUGCUUCUUGCAUGACUUCCAGAUGAACUUAAUCAUCUGGACAAAUGUGAGUAGAAACUCUACCAUGUAGAGCAACUACAAGGGUUUUGUAUUUGCCUUGUGAACCAAAGCUGUCAUGUGACAUUAUUAUGAAAUAUCAACUUGCCAAUGUGAUAUUUCAUCUACAUGAAAGUGUCAUACUUUACAUGCUUAGUUUGAUUUCAUUGCAUUUUUGUACGUUUUGUUUAUCUUAUCCUUCACUGAUUGUGGUGAUUAAAUGACAGUAGCGGUGUUACCUUGUUACAGUGUGACCUCUGACGACCUACCUAACACACUUUGACUGUUUGGAACUCUUAGAGUGUAGGACAGUAUUGUGUAGCUGUAAUCUCAGUGUGUAUGUCUACGAUUCAAUGUGUCUGGCUGAACUGUUUGAUAUGACUGCGUUUGCAUGGUGUGGACAUACUCUACAUUCCGAUACUGUGAUUUUUGUGCCGUAAAGUGCUGUUUUUGACUCUUGUCAUAACUGUGAAAGUUGUUAGAGAAUUAGCAAAGGUAAUGUUGGUAAAUAAUAUAUCUUACAUGUAAAUGUUAGGUGAAGAAGAAAUACAAGGACGGUUACGCCUGCGUACAUCUGAAGGUGUCGAGUAAUUUUGCAGUGUAACUUAAGAAUUUUAUUUAUUUGAUAAUGAAAAUAUAGUAUAAUGGACUUUUUGUGUAGCGUAAGAUGUUUAAAAAAUAAUAACUGAUUCUGAGGUAAAUUAGAUAUUGUCAGUCAUGCUGAGUGACAAUUGUGAAAAAAUCUGUACAGAAUGUCAUUGUUUUCAAUUAAUAUUGUAUGUAAGAAUUAUACAAAUGAAAUAUGGUAUAACUAUAGACAAUCUAUGCCACAAAGUUUAUUUUCCCUGAAUUAUGUAUUUAUUUUCUUAUUUAGAUAUAUAUAUAUAUGUAUUUGUUAAAUGAGCCUAAAUUCUGCUGGCCAGUGAGGGAGCAUUAUUUCACUGUAGAAAAAUGUAUUUUCUUUCCUGGAAGCUAUGAGAAGUGAGCUUUGACAUGUUACUUCUACUGUGUGAAGUGUAGGUUGUUUAGUCUACAUGUGUUUGUAUGAUUGAUAUUGAAAUACUGCAAGCUUUGACUUGAUAUUUGGCAUAUGAGACCAUGGAAAUUCCAAAAAGUGAUGUCACAUGCAGUGCAAAGAAACUACAUUGGUGUGAAAAAGUGUUUGUCCUCCUGAUUCAUUUAUUUUGCCCGUUUGUCACACUUAAAGGUUGCAGAUCAUGAAACAAAUAGAAAUAUCGAUCAGUGACGACGCAAAUGAACACAAAAUACAGUUUUUCAAUGAAAACUUUUAUUAAGAGAGAAAAUAAUCAAACCUACAUGGUCCUGUGUGGAAAAAGUGAUUGCCCUCCCCUGCUAAAACAUCCAUCCAGCCAUUUUCUAUGCUGCUUAUCCUUCCUAGGGUUAUGGGGGUAUGCUGGAUCCUAUGCCAGGGGGUACCACCCUGGACUGUUCAUCAGCCAAUCACAGGGCACAUAUAGACAAACAACCAUUCAUACCUAUGGACAAUUUGGAGUCACCAAUUAACCUAGCAUGUUUUUGGAAUGUGGGAGGAAACCCAGGGAAAACCCACGCACUCACAAGGAGAGCAUGCAUGCUACUUUUUACAUACUAUAUUCUGUGCACAGAUAUGCCCAAGCGGAGAAUCAAACCCAGGUCUUUCUGAUUUCCUGACUGUUGGCCGACAUACCUUCCACCGCGCAGCCCUCCUGCUAAAACAUAACUGAGCUGAGAUUCAUUGAAAUCUGGAAAGGUUAUAAACCCAUUUCUAAAGCUUUGGUACUCCAGCAAACCACAGUGAGAGAAAAUUUUCAAAAAUGACAGCGGUGAACCUUCUCAGGAAUGACCGGCCAACCAAAGCCAUGGUGGUCCUCAUGGAGACAUGAGGUCUCAAAAGACCCCACAACAACAUCCAAAGAACUGCAAGCCUCACUUGCCUUGGUUAAGGUCAGUGUUAAGAAAAGAAUAGGAAUAGGAAUAAUAAGAAUAAGAAAGUCACUGGACAAAAACAUCCUGCAUGGCAGAGUUCCAAGACAAAAGUACUGCUGAACCAUUACUACAAUACUGCAAUUCAGAAAACAUAUAGUAUAUUAUAUAAGUAUUUCAGAAAAUCAUACCAACAGUAAAAUAUGGUGGUGGUAUCGUGAUGGUAUGGGGCUGUUUUGCUGCUUCUGGACCUGGAAGACUUUCUCUGAUAAAUGAAACCAUGAAUUCUGCUGUCUAGCUAAAAAUCCUGAAGCAGAAUGUGACCUCAAGCUGAAACCAACUUGGGUUCUGCAGCAGGACAAUGAUCCAGGACAUGUGGCUGAAGAAAAACAAAAUGAAUACUUGAGUGGCCUCGUCAAAGUCAUGACAUGAUUCCUAUUGAGAUGCUGUGGCAUGACCUUAAAAGGGCGUGUCAUGCUUGAAAACCCUCCAAUGUUGCUAAAUGACAACAAUUCUGCAAAGAUGAGUGGGUCAGAAUUCAUCCACGGCGAGACUCAUUGCAAGUUAUCGCAAAUGCUUGAUUGCAGUUGUUGCUGCCCAGGGUGGCCCGACGAGUUUUUAGGUUUAGGGGGAAAUCACUUUUUCACACAGGGCCAUGUAUGUUUGGAUUUUCCCCCCCUUAAUAAUAAAGUUUCAUUUAAAAACUGCACUUUGUGUUCAGUUGUGUUGUCAUUGACUAUUAUUUAAAUUUGCUUGAUGAUGUUCUUACAAAUGUGUACUUUUUGUAUGGUUGUCAAUCAUUGCUGCUUCAAUGAAUGAUAUAACAUGCUGCUGAGAUUAAGGAGUCAUCUUUGUAAAACUCAUGUCUUAAAUCCAGGAACU